GCCACUCUUUGCCAGUAGUUUCUUGGGAAUUGUUGGGACCCUUUUAGAGGAAACACGACAAGAUGAAAUGCAAAUUCUUGGUUGUCAUGCUCUUGUCAACUUCAUAAACAAUCAGGUGGACACUGCGUACAUGUUCAAUCUGGAAGGCCUUGUUCCAAAGCUUUGUCAAUUGGCUGAAGAAGAUGGAGAUGAUGAGAGAACAUUGAAGUUAAGGUCAGCAGGACUUGAAGUGUUGGCCUUUAUGGUGCGAUUCAUCGGCGAGCAACCUCAUGUCUCUAUGAACUUUGAGAAUAUUAUAUCGGUGACUCUGGAAAAUUAUAGUGACCAACAACAGGAACACAAUCCUCCCUUUCCUAAACCACAAGAUGUCCCUCCAGUGGAUGCAUACAAGAACCCGUGUUACUGGGCCCAGGUUUGUUUGCAUAAUAUGGCCCAAUCAGCGAAGGAGGUAACAAGUGUACGACAUGUACUGGAACCUCUUUUUCAUAAAUUUGACACGGAUAAGCUUUGGCUCCCAGAGAAAGGGGUUGCCUUUUCUGUUCUCAAGUAUCUGCAAAAGAUGUUGGAGGAAUCAGAUGACAGAUCCCAUCUAUUAUUGGCUAUCUUGGUAAAACACGUUGAUCACAAGGAUGUUGUGAAGCAGCCGGUUUUACAGUUACAUAUUGUAAAUGUUGCUACACAACUGUCGAAGCAUGCAAAACAGCAAGAUGCGUUGGUGAGCAUUGUUGGAGCAAUAGCUGAUCUCAUCAAACACUUACGCAAAUGCCUACAGAGAUUAUCUGGAGACGCCUCUGAUACCUGCUAUGUUGAUCUUCAGUGCGCUUUAGAAAACUGCAUCUCAACUCUCUCAUGUAAGGUUGGAGAUGUGGGACCCAUUCUGGAUACCAUGGCUGUACUGCUAGAGAAACUCCCCAUCAGUUCUGCUAUGGCUAGACCAAGUAUUUCUGCUCUUUAUCGAACUGCACAAGUUAUAAGCUCCAUUCCAAACAUAACCUACUCCAGAAAGACGUUCCCUGAUGCUCUCUUUCACCACUUGCUCUUAGCAAUGUCACACCCGGAUCAUGAAACACGACUACUUGCACACCGUGUUUUCUCAAUUGUGCUAAUCCCAUCUUUAAGUCAACCUUGGUCAAUCCAUGACCUAAUACCUUCUCAAGCUGCCAUUCCAUCACUAAUCUCACAAAAAAUAGCAGCAGAUGGAAGUUUGUCCAUUCACAAAGCGACACUAGAAACCAUAGAUGAAGAGACAAAGGAGAAAGAAAAUCCUUCUACCCGAGAUGGGAAUUCAGCCCUUACUUCCAUGCGAUUGAGUGGGCAUCAAGUGAGUCUUGUUCUUACAUCCAUUUGGAUUCAGGCAACAUCCAUGGAGAAUACCCCUGCAAAUUUUGAGGCAAUGGCACAUACAUAUACUCUUGCUUUAUCGUUUAUAUUGGCAAAGAAUUCAAAUCAUGUGGCCUUACUACGGUUUUUCCAGUUGGCAUUUUCCCUCAGAAGCAUCUCUCUGAGCCAACAAGGUGUCCAACAACCAUCUCAGAGAAGACCUUUAUUUAUGCUGGCUUCAUACAUGAUUAUUGUGUCUGCAAAGGCAUGCCAUCUUUCGGAGCUGAUUUCUAUGGUUAGAUCAACAUUGACAGAAGAAACAGUGGAUCCAUAUCUUGUCUUGGAUGAAGAUAUUAGGCUGCAGGCUAUUUGUACAGAACCUGGUGACAAGAACUGCUAUGGGUCACAAGCAGAUGAAGGCUUUGCAGUUAAUGCACUCUCUUCAGUUGAUUUAAAGGAUCAACAAUUAAAAGAUACACUCUCGAUGCACUUGGUAUCAAGGGUUGGGAGAUCAUCGGAGGAACAAGAAGUAUCAAAUAUGAAGGCACAACUUUCACAGUGUUUCUUGCCUGAUGAGGAAUAUCCUUUAGGAGCUCCUCCGUGCCCACAAAUGGAGCUUCAGCCUAUUCAUCAGGAUAUGCCUCAUGCUGCUGCCUCAACAGAAGAAGAUGAAUUUUCAGAUGAAUCAGAUCACAAACCUUCACUUGACAUUUUAAGUGUUGACCAGCUAUUGGAAUCAGUAGUGGAAACGGCCUCUGAUGUAGAAAACAUGGGGGAUGAGUCGUCACGUGCACCUUGUCCUUAUGAUCAAAUUAAAAAUCAAUGUGAGGAUCUUGUCACCGGUAAACAGCACAAAAUGUCUCUCCUUCAAAGCUUUAAGGAGCAACAUGAAGCUUUGGCAUCCGGUAACCAUGACCAUAAUAUAUCAAAAAAUCAAUUGGAGGUGGAAGAAGUGGAAGAUGAAUCAUUAACAAGCAUAGAUAGGGCUGUGCAUGUACCUCCUUUAAGCCCAAAUAGACAACCUUCUUUUCGGUUACCACCGCUAAGCCCUUAUGACAAGUUUUUGAAGGCAACAACAUAUUAAUUAUUACUAUUAUUAUUAGGGAACUUCAGACCACAUAUUUCUGUCUUGUAGAUAUGCACGCAUAGCAUAGCAUAGCAUAGCAGCUUACACUUCACAUAAUAUUCUUUUAGCAGAUAAUUGAGUAGAUUUUUUAGAAUAAACAUUAAUUAAUAAGAACAAGAAAAAAAUUAAC